AUGUGCUACUACCUGUUCGCUUACACCGAAUACGGCUGCGGCCAUCAACUCCUUGAUCGCCGCCACUUUAUCGACUGCAAUCGGGUGACAUGUCGACGGAGCGGGUUCCACAAUUUGGACGAGCACGACUGCGCGAACGAGUGUACGGAGGAAUGGACGCUUCCUGACCAGUCACUUGUCAUGCAUAUAUGCCCCGAACAAUGCAGGAGCUGUCUAGGCACGGCUGGAGCUAAGGUCAAUGGCGCCAAUCAUGACGGCUCUGAUGACAGCCAGUCUGAUUCAGACGAAGAAGAGGUUGAAGAGGAAGAGGAGUAGAGGUUAGAUGAGAGCUGCCCGAGUGGCCAUUGCGGAUUGGCUGUGAAACACGUACUUGUAGUUUUACC